UCGCGAUACUUUCCGCAGCUUCCUCCUGACAGUUGAAAACAUGGCAGACGAACAUGGACGGAAAUGGGAUCGCUGUCUUGCAGACACAGCCGUGAAAACAGUAACUGGCCUUGCUGUGGGUGUUGUGUUCUCCGUCCUUCUCUUUAAACGUCGCACAUGGCCUGUCUCACUGGGUUCAGGUCUGGGACUGGGCAUGGGAUACUCCAACUGCCAGCAUGACUUCAAGUCACCAUACCUGGUUCAUGGCAGCAUGGUUAAGGACCAGUAAUGAAGGACUAAAGAUGAGGAGGAUUCGCAUUGACGUUGCUUCUCCGUUUUUCUGUUGUCGUUGUUUUGCUGCUCAUUUCUGUCCUAGCACUAAUGUCCACUGAUUCCCACAUUGUGUUUAUCAUUUGGCAGUCAAUGUAUAUUUAAUAAAGCUAUCCUGGAAAAUGUU